CGGGUUUCUUGUGUGACAUCUGGUCAUUUUCACUCAUUGUAUGCUGCUGCUCAGUCUUCCUUCUCAUUCUCUCUGAACAACAAUAUCACAGUCGCUAACAUCCAGACCAUAGUCGAAGAAACCCUAACAAUGUCCAGCUCUCUCGACAUGUCUCUCGAUGACAUAAUCUGCAAGAACAGGGGAUAUGGAGGCUGUGGAGGAGGAGGAGGAGGAAGAGUACGUAAUAACAAUCAUUUUAGAGGUGGAGGUGGAGAUGGAGGCAGAGCCGCCCGUUCUGUCUCCGCUCCUGGCCCUUAUCGCCGUUUUUUCCAGGGUGAACCGAUCAGGCACGGGCCCUACCCAGUGCAGCGGCCAAUGGUAGUUCCGGAGCCGAUAAUGCUUCCAAGUGGAGGGGCUAUUGGGGAGUCAGGCACUAAGCUGUACAUAUCAGACUUGGAUUAUGGUGUCUCUAAUGAGGAUAUUAAGUUCCUUUUCUCUGAUGUCGGUGAAUUGAAAAGGUACUCAAUCCAUUAUGAUAAAAGUGGAAGAUCAAAGGGAACAGCUGAAGUUGUCUUUGCACGAAAGGCAGAUGCUCUAGCAGCUAUCAAGAGGUACAACAAUGUUCAUCUUGAUGGGAAGCCAAUGAAAAUUGAACUUGUUGGACUUAAUUUGUUUGCUCCUCCUACACCUGUAGCUGCAUCAAGCAACAUGGGAAAUUUGCAUGGUCCCUUUAGAAGUCUUGACUUUCUGCAUGCUUACGAUUAUCCUCGAUUAACAUGUGUUCGACCGUCACACGACAGUGGCCAAGAAAGCUUCAGAGUUAGGGGAUGGGGACUUGGUAGUGUUCGUGGUAGAGGAUAUACCAGGUACCAAGGGCAAGAGAGACGCCAUGGUGAGGAGUUAACUGCGGACGAGCUUGAUGCUGAUUUGGAGAGAUACCAUUUUGAAGCCAUGCAAAUAAGAUAAGAUGAUUUUAGAACUUAAGGAUAUUUGCUUGCAUAAACUGUUUCUUGGUGGGCUCUUGUAACUUUGGGGUAGUCAACUUUAGAAUUUAGAUGGAUAACACAUGCAGGCUUGGCCUUUUGAUAGUAAUUACUCCAUGAACUUAAUA